AUGGCGGAAAAAUCGAAGCCACCAAACCCGACGCAACAACUCGUUUUAUUGUGUCGCAGAAUCCCGGACCAAAAAAAUAUUAAUCGAGUGCCUCUCGAUCUAAAAGCUAAUUCAAUUUCCGAACGAAACGCGAAGAAACGUAGAAGAUUUGUAAGAAGUUCUAAGAAAAUGAAUAAAUCACGAACGUUGAAGAAAAGUGAAAGCAAUUUAACUGAUAGUACAACACAGAAUGGAACGAACGUGGAUUUAAUUUCGAACGAGAAUAUUAUGAGUACUAGCGAUUGUUCAAAUCUAGUUAACAGUGAUUCAUCGUUGAUAGAAACGAAUAACGAUACGGUUGGAAAAAUUCCAGAUGAUCAGAAAAUAAAUACGGUGAAACGAGCGUUGAUUUCAGUUAAAAAUCCGGUGACUAACGAGAUUAAGAAAAUGUUGGUGCCGACCGAGAGCACAAACACUGGCAGAUUAAGCGUGAUUAAAAAUAUUUUGAUACCGGUUUAUGAUAAAAGUGGUGUUAUAUCGAACAUGAAAAAGGUCGUGUUGCCUAUCAAGCAAAAAUCCAAUUUAUAUGAAACGUCAAAGGAAAACAGUAAAAUGUUAAUAAUUGAUAAUACAAUGCAACAGAUGGGAAAUGUGCAAAAAGAGGACACGUCGACGAUAUCGAUCGAAAACGAAUUGAAAGGAUUAGAAAACAGCAAAAAUCCAGUGGCGCAAGUAGCAUUAAAUGAAAGUAGAGUACAAUGGCGAAAUAGAAGAGAAAAAGGAAAGACAAGGCGAGACAGAAUCACAAAAGUUUCCCAUCCUAGAAACAUCAAAUUCAUCAUUCAUCAAAUUUAUUCUUGUGACAAAUGUAACAAAUGGUAUCCAUCGAAAUUGCUCCUGGAAAAGCACAAGAUAACUCACGAAGACUAUCCGUAUUUACAACGUCCUACAUGCCAUUUAAAAUACAAGCGUAAAGCGAGACUAAAGUAUCAUCAUAUUCGCAUGCACAGCAACGUGGAGCCAAAGUUUAUGUGCGAUCACUGCGGGAAACGUUUAAAAUUGAAGAUCGAUUUGGUCGAUCACAUUGAAAAAACGCAUCUAAACGCUCGUCACGUCUGUAAAAUUUGUGGUAAAAUUGUCGAGAACAUCACGCACCAUGAAUGGCAGCACGACAAGACUGCGAAAAGAAACGCUUUCAAGUAUAGUUGCGAUGUUUGCCGUAAAAAAUUCUCGAUUCGUAACCACUUGGACAAUCAUCUGCUUAUGCAUAAGGAUGGUUUCAAGUGCACUUUAUGCGACGUUUUCUCUUCGCCGUAUUCUCUUUCUAGUCACAAGAUCAUGAAACAUAGACGUAGCUCGACGUGUACCAUUUGCGAGAGAUCAUUCCCUAGUACGACCAAUUUUUAUCAACACGUGCUCACUCACGAAGAGAAGAACCUGUCCUACGACAGCAAAGAAACCCAGAAAGAAAUUCGUCUUACUGUUUAAUAGCGGCCGAUAAGCCGUCAGGAAAAGGAUCGACACAAACCACAACAUCAAAUCUCAAGCACACAGAAUCAGAAAAAAUAAAAGAAUCGCAGCAACGCAAUUCAUCCACCGACUCGGAAUACGAUUCUGAAAAUUCACGAAAUGCCAGAAG